UGCCGUGGCAACCAGGGGCGGUGGAAGCGUCCCGGGAGGUGAGGGGAGAGCGGCGCCGGGCCGGACCGGACCGAACCGGGACCCUUCCUUUCGGGGCUGGGCGUUCGGGGCGCAUCCUGCCUCUUACCUGUCCCGCGUCGUUUACGGGCAGGGACCUCAAAGCCGCCUUCCCAUGGGCUGUGCUUGGGGGCGGUGGGUCCCGGGCGUCCUCAGGCCGCCUGCUGUGUGCGCUGGGGCGAGGGGCCGGGGCCGGGCCGGGGCCUAGAGGGUGAAAUGACAGGGCUCUGGGAGCCGGGCAUGGAGGGAGACCUGCCGCAGGGACAGCCCCACAGCUGGCAGAACGGCUUCUCUGCUGCUACUGCUUCUUUGGGAAGAAGGUCUAAGAAGGGACUGCGAAAGGUGUUUUAUUAAACUACUUAAAAGAGCAUGUGGAAUACACUAUUAAAAGAAGCAGUAGAGCAGUUUGACCUAUUACAGAAUUAUGGUUCGACUAACAAAGGACCUAAUUGCUAAGAGUGUCAGUCACAAGAAUCGCAAUGAAGAGGACUUUGGACAGUAUCUGCGGAAAAUAACUCAUCUGAAUUUAUCAGAUAAAAAUAUAGACACAAUUGGUCACCUCUCUUUGUGUAAAAAUCUUCGAGUUCUGUAUUUAUAUGAUAAUCAAAUCCGUCAAAUCCAGAACUUGGACUUUGCUUCAAAUAUAACACACCUUUACCUUCAGAACAAUCGUAUUUCAUGUAUAGAAAAUCUCUCAUUGCUGAAAAACCUUGAAAAACUGUAUUUGGGGGGCAACUCCAUCACUGUAGUGGAGGGUUUGGAUAAAAUAGAAAAAAUAAGGGAGCUACAUAUUGAAAAUCAACAUCUCCCUCUUGGUGAAAAGCUUCUAUUUGAUCCAAGAUCUCUUAGGUCCCUGGCAAAAUCUUUGUCUGUAUUGAAUAUCAGCAAUAACAACAUUGAUGAAUUAGAAGAACUGGCAGUUUUGGAAAAUCUUUCUUAUCUUAUAGCAGUUGACAAUCAACUUCAACAUAUGAAGGAUUUGGAGGUUGCAUUAAAGAAAUGGACGAAGCUACGCAGAAUGGAUCUCACAGGAAACCCCAUCUGCCACAAACCGAAGUACAGGGACAGGAUUGUAGUACAGUCACAAACUUUAGAAUCCCUCGAUGGGAAAGAAAUUAAAGAAAUGGAAAGACGGUUCCUAAUGAACUGGAAAGCCUCCAAAGCUGCCAGGAAACAACACAAAGAAAGAAUGACAAAUGAACAUGCAGCCUAUCUACAUUUUUCUGUCUCUGAAACAUCUUAUCCUCGACUUCCCUUUCACCACAGUCCCUCUGUGAAAGAAAAAACAAAUGUUUUAGUUUUGUCUGAGAUGCCCAAAGUUAAAAGAAAACCUCUGCCUAGACUCCUGGGGAAAAAAAAUCAGAUGACAACUCAGGCUGAUGAGGAAUCUGAAGUUACGGCAGAAGUAAGUUGAAUUCUAAAAGCCAGAAGUUACAGGAUGUGAAGAUUUGGCUAUUAUUAGAUUUUUUUCCCCCUCAAAGCUAACAAAGAAAGGUACCGACAUCUCUUUGGAUAUCUGUGUUUUUGUAAUCUCAAAACCAGACAGAAUGAAGGAUGUUGCACUUAACACCACCUUUAAGAGCAUUCAGAAAAACACAAUAACUGCCUCUUUAUUUAGAAGCAAAGCUUUAUAUUAAAAGCAUGUAAAAACAACGGCAUGUGGUAGGCUUAACUGGUUGCCUAUUUCUUGAGCUUCCUCAAGAAAGGAGCUGGUUUUAACCUGCGUCUAGUUUGUGACCUGACUACCUGAGUAGCAGCUUCGUUCCAUAUAUUAUACUCUUAGCAAUUAUGCAGAGGCGUUCUUACAGUCUUUUACUUCAAGAAGAAAGGUGCUAUUAGCUCAUGAUUUUUGAGAUCUGUAGUCCUAAAAAAUAAUUUCCAUCAUUUAGAUUUUUCCAGGUUCUGGUGAAUAAUGGGGAAUGGUUAGGAAAGAAGGCACAAGAAGAUUCAUGAUAUCUGUGCUAAUUAAUUUGGGAUUACACAUUAAUUUUACUCCAAAUUCUGCUUUAAGUAACCAGGACUUCGGUUUGGCUGCUUUGCACUAGUUUGAGUAAUUAAAUGAACACUCAAGACUUCAGAUAUAGGGAAAUUCCAAACAUACACAUAAGGAAAGAAAAAUCCCAGAAUGUAAAUUGCCCCCGGAAUAAAACCUUUCUUGAUGGAGUUUGUGUGAACAUCAGCUCAGCAUCUUAUGUUUGAGACCCUCUCUGAGAUAAGGAAUUUUUCCUGAGUAAGGAAAUGAGGACCUGUUUUUUUUGCAUGCAAUGUUUUGUAUAUUUUGAUAUGGUUUAUAUUUUAUUGCCCUUUGAUAAAAAUUCAAAUAAAUCAUCAGUGAUAUUCAGGUUGAGGAAGACA